UCUCGGCGACGCCAUACAACAACGUUGUUGCUAGUGCACCCUGAUCGGAAGGCGAAACAUGGCUGGGGAUUGCGAAAAGAAACCAGUUCUGGAGAUGAUGCAGGCGGAUGGAGGCGAUGAGGGUUGUGUGACGUACGUUCUGCACAAUGAGGAUCACACACUGGGGAACUCACUCAGAUACCUGGUGAUGAAAGAUGUGGACGUGGAGUUCUGUGGGUACAGCAUCACACACCCCUCUGAGAGCAAAAUCAACUUUCGCAUUCAGACACGAGGGGGCAUCCCGGCCACAGAGCCCCUGAGGACGGGCUUAACGCAGCUCAACCAUGUGUGUCAACAUGUGCUCAACACCUUCCAGGCCCGGGUGGACGAGUUCAAGGGGAACCAGGAUCAGUCCAUGGAGUGAAACCCGCCCAGUGGGAGAAUGGAGCACACACACACACACACACACGCAUGAAUGCACACACACACACACACACACAUACACACCACAACUCUGACACAAGGCCAGAGUUGUUUGUAUAGUUUUUCAUUUUUGCCCAUUAUUUUAUCCAUUGCGUGAAAUGUACAGAAUGAUUGGAUAAACAAUAAAAGUCAUGUUUUUGGAUAUUGUCCAUUUGGCUUUGCAAA